AUGAACCGCUUAGGGAGUAUAGCAAGGCAUCUCUCGACCGUCGCAACAUCAGCUCACAGUGCCGUUACUUCUUCUGCCAUCCACACUGGCGAACUACAGCUCUCCGCAUCGGAGUCCCGGAAGGUGGUCAACAUCCAUCUCAACAGGCCAUCUAAGCUCAAUGCACUGACCUUAGAUCAGGUCAUCGUCACUGGUGAGGGCCAGCGGGCCUUCUGUGCUGGUGGAGAUGUAGCCCGGCUGGUCGAUGAGGGUAAUAGUGGAUGGAACUUGAGAUGGUUUGCCACCGAGUUUCAGAUGAAUCAUCGGAUCCACACGUAUCCUUCCAAUUGGGUGUCUCUGUGGAACGGUAUUGUCAUGGGUGGUGGUGUCGGCCUCUCCCUCUAUGGUACUCACCGCAUAGCUGCGGAGAACACUACAUUCUCGAUGCCUGAGACCGGUAUCGGAUUUGUUCCUGAUAUCGGUGCUUCCUAUUUCCUCUCUCGUUUGAAGACUCCUGGACUAGGGCUCUAUUUAGGCCUCACAGGAGCUCGCCUAAAUGGUGCUGACUUGUUGAAGCACGGUUUGGCAACUCACUAUAUUGACUCGUACAGAAUGGAUCAAUUGAAGUCCGACUUGAUGGAAUGCGAAGGCGAUGUUGACAAAGUGCUGUCUUCAGCAUGCAGUGUUGGCCUUGAGGAUGUCCAGCAGGAGCCUCUCCUGAACGAAGAUACCCUACAGCAGAUUAAUCGGUUCGGCAUCCUCGUCAUCCGAUUGAGUAUGCUUAGCCUGUAG